CACUAGCCCCACCCAUGUAUAAAAAGCAGGAUGUCGCACAAGAAAGACCGACUUCCUCACUGGAGAGACCCUAGUAGUCUAUGCCAUCAUACGAUCUUGCCUGGCAGAAACAAUGAAGAAGCUGAUCCUCGAUGUGGACACAGGGGUGGAUGAUGCUCAGGCCAUCAUGAUGGCCCUGGCAGCUCCCAACGUGGAGAUAUUGGGGAUCACCUGCACUCACGGCAACACUCCCCUACAGAACGCCCUGAGGAACACCCUCCGCGUCUUGAAAAUCUGCAACAGGCUCGAUAUAAAGGUGUACCCCGGCUUUGAGGAGCCUCUACUGUGCAACAAAAUACAUGCAGGAGACUUUCAUGGGAAGGACGGGCUGGGGGAUGCCCCCGAUCCAGAUGCCCCGGGGCUGGAACUGGUGCAGAAGACUAAUGCUGUGGAGGCUAUCAUUUCCAUGACCAACCAAAAUCCUGGGGAGGUGAUCCUGGUUGCAACAGGGCCCCUCACCAACCUGGCACUUGCUGUCAAAAUGGACCCGUCGUUGCCCGCCAGACUGAAGGGCAUCUACAUCAUGGGAGGCAACAUAGAAUCAAGAGGGAACACGACCGUGUGUGGAGAAUUUAACUUUCUGGCUGACCCUGAGGCCGCCUACAUUGUUCUGGAACGCUACACCUGCCCCACCACAAUCGCCUCAUGGGAGUUCAGCUGCAGGAACAGCCUGCCGUGGUCCUUCUGUGAUACCUGGCUGGCCCAAAAUACUCCAAAGGCUCGUUUUAUGCAGACUAUCUAUGCACACACCCGCAAGAUGGUUCAGACAGAUCGGUAUCAAAAGGAGCUGGUGUCAGGACCUGGAUUCAACACGUGCGACACCUACGCUCUGGCUGCAGCCAUCAGUGACAAUGUGGUGACGGAAAGCGAGAAGGUGGCCGUUACGGUGGAGCUGGAGGGAAAAAACACCAGAGGCAUGAUGGUCCUGGACUACAUUGACGCGCUGCACAAGGAGCAUAAGGUCACCAUCUUGAAGAAAGUGGAUCUUGAAGUGUUCCAGCAACUGCUGAUGAAUGCACUGAAGUAGCAGGCGCUUAGCCAUCAUUUUAGAAGCAGAGGCAAUAAUGGUUGCUAGUUACAUGUUGUAUGUGUUAUCCAGUUGACCGAUUUUUAUUCUGCAAAAUGCCCAAAAGUGUUAAGCACGCCUCUUCGAAUUAAGUUCAGUGAAGGUGAUAAAUGUACAUUAUUAACUCCAUAAAAAUCUGCUCUAUUAUUUUCCAUCCA